AUGAGAGUCACAAGCGGCAGAGGUGUUGACGUCGUGUCAAACUCACCCUCAGGGGAACUACUUCAUGCUUCGUGGGAUUGUGUUGCCAAGUAUGGCAAAACGUUAGAAUUUGGUAAGCGUGACAUUCUCGAGAGCGGUCAGCUUGCUCUCAAUCCAUUCCUGGGGAAUAGGACCUUUCAUGAAAUUGAUCUUAAGGGUCUCUACCGCGACAAACCCGAUGAUAUCCAAGGAUUAAUCACUCGGGUUAUUCAGCCGUGUGAACAAGGGUUCCUAAAGCCAAUUACCCCAAUCCACUUCUUGGCAGCGACACAGCGAGCAGAUGCGUUCUGUUUUAUGAAGAAAGGGCAACAUAUCGGCAAAAUUGUGAUUAACAUGCCACAAGAGAGUGCAGAGAUCAAGUCUACCCUAGUAGUCCAAAGGACAAGUUUUUCUAACUCGUCAACAUACAUGAUGAUUGGAGGUUUUGUGGGCAUUAGGCGAGCUGUAGCAGGCAAUAUGGGAGACGAAAACGAUGUCAAACGGGCGGUAGCAGCCGCACCUACGCCAAUUGCUGGUGUACUUCAGAUGUCUAUGGAGCUAAGAGAUCGCAAUAUUUUGCGUAUAUCUUUUGAGGACUGGCAGGCAGCAACUCUUCCCAAGGUCGCUGGGACGUGGAACCUUCACAAUGCCCUGUUGGAUGCGGAUUUGGACUUCUUCAUUCUGUUGGGCUCUAUAUCAGGUGCUAUAGGGCACCCCGGCCAGGCUAAUUACGCAUCUGCCAACACAUUUAUGAGUUCUUUUGUUCAAUAUCGACACGGUCUAGGACUACCUUGCUUAAUCUCUUAG